AUGCAAUCGAAGCUUGUGAAGACAAUCAUGCUAUGUUUCCUCACAAUGGCUGUGAAAUCAAUUCCUGUGGCAGAGGCGGCAGAAAAGGAGCCGUUAAGUCUGGCGGGCGUUGAUGAGCUGGUGUUGGUCGUGGCUGUGUGCUGUCUAGGAGCUGUUGCUGUCUGGGAGAUAGUAAAAUGGUGUGGCCGCUGCAUGUGGGAACGUGCGGUGAAAGGAAAGAAGGCUCAGAGGCUUCAAAGGAUGAGAGACUUGGCCAAGGCUGCAGUGGAAACCGAGCUAGACCGAGCUUGGGAUGGACCGCAUGAUGUCCUAGAUGGACAGACGCCACAGGAGCGAGUCGAAGGUGCGAUGCAAGGGGCUAUGGCAAGAGCGUUGGAAAGCUCUCCGGUGCUUCGCCAAGGCCCGAGCACAACAAUCGGAAGGACGGCACGUCAGACGAGUGUGGGAACGCAGACUGAGUGGCGUCAUGAAGUUGCUGAACCACAGGCUGAAUACUUCAGGUUUGAAGGGCCGUUCUACAUGACUGAGUAUGGCAAGAAUGUGCAUGGCGCCGAGCUGGAAAAUGGUCCUGAGCGCAAGAAGUCGAUGUCCCGUUCCGGACAUCAGCACUCCGAUGACGACGACUUUGACCAGUUUUCCGAGGCUGAGCACGACGACGCGACGGCACCAAAGGGUUCCCUUUCGUCGGACAGCGGGGGCUGGACUCCGAGUUUCGCUGGUCGAUCCGAACCGCCGAACACGCCACAGACAGCCGACGAGGAAGAGUCGAGAGGUCCCGUGAAGCCCGUUGCAGAUGGGCGGCGCCUUCCCUCCAGGCCGCCAACGGUACCUCUGACCGGUUCGGGUGUGCAGGGGUUGCAGGACUUCUUUACAGACGAAGAGGACAGUUCGCCGCUUGCACCGAAGAAAUCAGUGCCGCGGAUCCCACUGGCGCCUCCAAAGAGGCCCCAGAGAGCGGAGGCCAAGGAGCAGAUCUCGAAGCCGAGGCUUCCAUCUUCGACCUCGCAGAGCUUCUUAUCAGACAGCGACUCCGAUGCCAAGUCUCCACCAGCCCGCAGCAGCACCAUGCCAAUCCUGAUGGAGGAGCCGAUCGACCUCUCUACAUCCCCCAUCCAGGAAGAGUCGCCGAUACAGCCGCAGUCGCCGCUGCAGCCACAUAGCGCCGAUCUUCAGUUGGCCCCGGCACAGGCGCAGUCCCGCGAAAUGCGCUUCCCAACGAAGCCGGAGGCUCGGUCGCUGCAGAGCAGCCGCGAAGACUCCCCCAAGCGGCUGGUGACACUGCAGCCGCUGCCUGAAGUGUCACUAUUUGUGGACGCAGCGGAGGCCACCCACCCCCCGCCAACGCCACAGUUUGAUGUGACCGGGAGCAGCGCGCCAUCACCCGAGCUGACGCCAUCUCCGGCGGCAUCGCCGGCACGGGAGAAGUCCUUCGCUUCGCCACUGUCUGAUGCCUCCUGCGGUCGCAUCGAGGACCUGGGGUCUUCUCCUUCGGAGGCUGCUGCCACCACAACGGCCAGCUUGGGUGUGGCUUCCAGGAGCAUUGCAAGCAACGGAAGCCCAAGGUCGCCAUUCAGUGAGGAGACACAGGACCUUUCGCCUUCGCCGCUGAAGCGGCAGCUGGAAGAGCUGGAGGAGCAGCAGAGGCAGAUCCAAAGCAGCUUGUCCCAGGCGCUGGAGUACGAGCGGCGGCUCCGGGCCGACGAAGUGGCCCGGUGCCAUUCGCUCACAGCAGAGCUUCUGGAGGCUUUGGAAACCGAGCGCAGACGGCACUCCGAAGAUAUUCGCGCUUGGGAGCUUCGGCUUCAGACGCAGCUGAACGAGCACGAGGCCAAGUGGCUUUCUGAGGCGGCGCCAGCUGCUACCUUUGGUGCGGGAAGGGGCCGGGAUCCCGGCCUGGGUCGCGGCCAAGGCCCGGGCCGGCGUGAAGGCCCGGGCUGCACCGAAGGCACGGCCGGAGGCCAAAGCCAAAGCCAAGGCGAAGGCGAAAGCUGCAGCUAG